AUGGCCUAUGAUGAGAGUGAUAUUCAAGUUGAAUGCGAUAAAUCCUAUAACCCAAAUAUAGAAGUUUUGAAGUAUGCUCUCCAGGCCGUCUAUCUGUUCCCGGCAUGCGCCUUUAAUCUAUUUAUAUUGUAUACAAUGCUCUACAAAAAUCGAAGUUAUUAUAGAAAUCACUCAUUUUUCAUUUUAUUCGCGGCUGAUUGCUUUAUAAGUUUCAAUGUCCUUCUAUUUCAAGCCAUCAUCGGCCGUUCUGUAAUGUACAUCCCUUAUCUAUGCGACAUUCUAAUACCAUAUGUGUUCAAGCCGAGAAUCGUCAUGAAAUUCUACACUCUAUUGAUUUCCUAUUGUGAAAUUGCGAAAAUUUUGACACAAAUUUUGUUCGUAAUUAAUCGAUUCACCUGUAUUUAUAAACCAUUCGAGCACGCAGCGAUUUGGCAUCGUUGGCUUCGAAUAUCGCUAAUUUUCGUCGCAAUAUUCCCAUGUUUCCUUAUUUGGAAUGUGGCCAUCUCGAGGACCUUCAUGAUUCCCUUUUAUGGCGGAAUGAUGCUGUAUUACUCGAGAACGGUGUCGUGGGCGAGUCAAUCAAUAUUCAACUCAAUUCUGAUCAUCAUCGCAUUACUAAUUACCAUCAUUUGCUCGAUAAUUACCAUAAUUAUUGUGAUAAAUCGUCCGAAGCGUGUGAAGCAGGCCGAAAAAUCGCUAUUCUUCGCGACAUUGGCCAUCUCUUCCGGAUUCAUUUUCACCGCCAUUUUUCAGGCGCAAAAAUUUCUGACAAAAUUUCGAGAAUUUCCCAAUUUCAGAAGUUCCCUAUUCGUGGUGGCCAAUAGUCGGAAGCUUCGCAAUGAUCUUCGAAAUUCGGCACUUCGAUCGUCGCGCUCAACUGUCACAACGAUUGGGGAUGAUAUUCAUGCGAUUCGUUAA